GGAAUGUAUGUGUUUUUGCAUGCAGUAAAGGGAACUCCUUUUGAAACACCUGAUCAGGGGAAAGCUAGGCUACUAACACACUGGGAACAACUGGAUUACGGAGUACAAUUUACAUCUUCAAGAAAAUUCUUCACAAUCUCUCCUAUAAUUCUGUACUUCCUGGCGAGUUUCUACACAAAGUAUGACCCAACACACUUUAUCCUCAACACAACCUCGCUCCUGACCGUGCUUAUCCCCAAGCUGCCGCAGUUGCAUGGCGUUCGAAUCUUAGGCAUCAAUAAAUAUUAAGCAGAAGGUUUGACACUGACGGCCCCUGAUGUGGCUCUUGCUGCUCCCCAGGUGAAGGAAACGAGUAGUCUGCUGUGCCGUGUAUCUAAUCGUAUUCAAUAAGAGAUGCUUUUACACCUGAGAUACAAUUCCUACUUCCUGCAGCACUGUCUGGGAUGAAAGUUGAGUUUAUAAGAAGAUGCCUUCAAAUACUUAAAUGUGAAUCGGAAACCUCUAGAAGAAAGAUUUCCAUGAAGAACUGGGCAGGCCCAGCUCUAAAGCGUAAUCCCCACUACGGCUGUAUGUAUGCCCGGCUGAUGCAAGUGACUUGCAAGGGAGGU